GUGCAGGACCUCAGCAAGCAGCUCAAGACCAUGAGCAGCCACAUGCAGGGCAUCACCAGCCACGUGCACCACAUCUCCCAGGCCACCGGGCUGGACGCGGACACCCGAGAGUGGCUGGAGGACAAGAUCACAGACAUGGUGUCGCAGGAUUCGCCAGCUAGGCUGGUAAAACCUGAAAUCAGCCCUGCAAAACCUGUAAUCAGCAGCCCCCAGGCCAUGGCGAUGCUUCAGAAUGUCAUACAAGACGUGAAAGACCUGAAAGAAACCCACCAAAAGGAAAUCCUGCGGAGGAUGGAUAAUCUAGAGAAUCUGGUCAAAGCACGAGAUGAAUUCCUGCAAAUAGUGGACCGGAAGAUGACUUUGGUUCCUAAUGAAGAAGUCACCAUGGUCACCUGGGAAGAGCUGGAGCAAGCAAUCACUGACGGCUGGAGGAAAACUUCACAAGUAGUGAGCAGACGGGUGUGGGUAGUGGCCAGGCACGGUGGCUCAUGCCUGUAAUCCUAACCCUCUGGGAGGCUGAGUGGAGUUUUUACCAAGCAUCCAACUACUGACCAGGCUUUGGAUUAUUCUGGUGGUUUGGGCCCAGAUCAGACCUUCCCAGGAUCCAGUGGCACAGGAUACUCCUCUGAAGGGCUUACUAGCAGGGGAAAAGUCACUGGUAGAGAACAGUACCCCAAAGCUGCUGAUGAAGCUGACAUAUCAAGAUAUCAGCGGCCUUCUGUAUCCCAAGCUAGAGUAGACACUGAUCUUCGUAAGAAAGGAGAGAAGUUCACCUCACCACUUUUAAGAAGAGAUGAACGAGAUGCAGGACUUGGCCCAGAUCUACAAGAUUUAACCUUCACCAUCGAUCAGCAUCAUGCGUACCCAGAUCAGUACAAUAGGCUUCCCAUUGGCCAGAGUCAAGCCUAUCUAAGACCAUAUUAUCAUGGAGUAGGAACAACUAGCAUGGAUAAGCCUGUAUCACUACAUCCAAGCAUAUAUCCACAUGGUGUGGUACCCCUCAGUGUGGGUCAGCUUGGUGUGAUACCACCUGCAAUGCUCGAUCAGGGCUUGGUACCACCUGUCACAGAUCAGCAUGGUGUGACACCACCACUGGGACCUGACAGAGAUAAGCAAGGGCUGGAAUUACCUAGGAGCACAUAUCAGCAUGGUAUGAGGCUUCCAGGAACAGACCAGCGUGGUAUGGAACAGCCUGGUAUGGAUGAGGGUGGUGUGGAGAUAAGCAGGGAUAAGCAUGGACUGGUUCCUCCUGCCAUGUAUCAGCAAGGAGUGGCACUGCCUGGUAUAGAUCAAAGUGGACUGGUUCCACUUCUUACAUAUCAGCCUGGUUUUGUACAGCCCAGUUUGGCUGCACCUGGCAUCAUACGACCAGGCAUUGACCAGUAUGGCUUGAUUCAGCCUGGUGGAGAUCAGUUUGGUUUGGUGCAAGCUGGUACAUAUCAGCCUGGAUUGGUCCAACCUGGUAUGGCUCAACACAGUUUACUACAGCCUGGACUGGAUCAGUUUGGUUUGGUACAACCUAUCGCAAGUCAGCCUGGUUUGGUAGCUCCUGGUAUAGGUCAACCUGGCAUGGUAACUCCUGGUGCAGGUCAGCUUGGUUUGGUACCUUCUGGUGUAGGUCAACAUGGCAUGGUAACUCCUGGUGCAGGUCAGCCUGGUUUGGUAGCUCCUGGUGUGGGUCAGCCAGGCGUGGUAACUCCUGGUGCAGGUCAGCCUGGUUUGGUACCUCCUGGUGUGGGUCAGCCUGGCUUAGUAACUCCUGAUGCAGAUCAGACUGGUAUGGUAACUCCUGGUGCGGGUCAGCCUGGUUUGGUACCUUCUGGUGUAGGUCAACCUGAUGUGGUAACUCCUGGCGCAGGUCAGCCUGGUUUGGUACCUCCUGGUGUAGAUCAGCUUGGCUUAGUCCAACCUGGUGCUGAUCAACGUGGUUUAGUACAACCUGGCACAAGCCAACGUGGUUUGGCCCAGCCUGGGGUAGAUCAACAUGGUUUGGUCCAACCUGGAAUGGAUCAGCAUGGUUUGGUGCAACCUGGUGCAGAUCAGCAUGGUGUGGUCCAAACUGGAAUGGAUCAGCAGGGUUUGGUCCAAACUGGAAUGGCUCAGCAGGGUCUGGUGCAACCUGAAAUGGAUCAGAGUGGUUUGGUGCUGCCUAGGGUAGAUUCACAUGGUCUGGUGCAAACUGGAAUGGAUCAGCAUGUUUUGGUGCAACCUCAUGCAGGUCUUCUUGGUCUGGUCCAACCUGGAAUGGAUCAGAGAGGUUUGGUGCAGCCUGGGGUAGAUUCACGUGGUCUGGUGCAACCUGGAAUAGAUCCGAGUGGUUUGGUGCAGCCUGGGGUAGAUUCAUAUGAUGUGGUCCAACAUGUUCUCUAUGGCUUGGUUCAACCUGGUGCGUACCCCCCUGGCUUGGUUCAACCUGGCGCGUACCCCCCUGGCUUGGUUCGACCUGGCGCGUACCCUCCUGGCUUGGUUCGACCUGGUAUGUACCCUCCUGGCUUGGUUCGACCUGGUACAUACCCUGCUGGCUUGGUGCGACCUGGUGCAUACCCUCCUGGCUUGGUUCAACCUGGUGUGUACCCUCCUGGCUUGGUGCAACCUGGAAAGGAUCCACGCGGUUUGAGACAGCCUGAUGCAGAUCAGCAAGGUUUGAUAGUACCAGGUACUACGCUUCAUGGCUCUCCAGCAUCCAAAGCAGAUCCUCAGAGUGCUCUAUCAUCACGCCCAUACCAACAUGGUAUGGCACCUCCCAGUAGACAGCAACAAAGCCGGGUGUCACUACUGCCAACCAGUGAAGGUUUAGCAUCACCAGAUAGAGACCAGAGGGGUUUGGUACCAUCAGAAACUUAUCAGCAAGACCUGUUACAUCCUGGCACAGACCAGCAGAGCCCGACACCAUCAAGCUCAGGUUUGGGAUCUGUACGCCUAGAUCAACAGCAUUUGGUAUCACCUGGCCCAGGUCAGCCUGGUCAGGUAUAUUCCGAUUUGGAUCAGCGUGGCCAUGCAUACUCUGUCUUAGACCACCAUGGUCCAGUGGAUCUUGGCUAUGGUUGGCCAUGGUCCCCACAUGUUGAUCAGCCUGGCCUGGUAGGUUUGGAUGCAGACAGAAUGCGUGCCUCACGCCCACUUGGAAUUCCUGCCCAGCCUGCCCCAGGGCAAGAUGUUACCUUUUCCAGGCAUUUAGGCUCCCUCGACCGAGUCUUCCCAGAAAGAAGUGAGGUCCGGAGUGAUGUCCAGGGCGAGCGCCGCGAUUCCCUAGAGAAAGCUUCCAGACUGGAAACAUUUCGUCUGAUGGGAGAGCUCAUCGGCCUCUAUUUGGAGCUGAAAGAGCAUCUGAAGGAAGUGGAGGAGGAGGAGGCUGGCCAGACUGACCUGCAGAAGAUGCAGAGCUUACUGGCACGGAUGAUCAAAAAGGCCAUACCUCCUGACCUGCAGGAACAGCUGAAGACAUUAAAGAGUUUGGCCAAAGAAAUUCGGCAGGAAAAAGCAAAACUGGACAGGCUGCAGAGGAUGGUGGAGGGCGAUGAGGACCAAGAAGGAGGGAAGGAGUUGAAAGGUGGCCAGUUGAGCUUGCAGCUGGGCAUCCUCAGAGUCACUGUGGCUGACAUCGAGAAGGAGCUGGCCGAGCUGAGGGAGAGCCAAGAGCGGGGCAAGGCUACCAUGGAAAAUUCAGUUUCUGAAGCCUCCCUUUACCUGCAGGAUCAGUUAGACAAACUCAGGACGAUCAUCGAGAGCAUGCUGGCCUCCUCCUCCACACUGCUGUCCAUGAGCAUGACCCCGAGCAAGGCUCACAAGCACUUGAGUCCUGGCCAGAUUGACCCCGAGGCCACCUGUCCAGCCUGCAGCCUGGACGUGAGCCACCAGGUCAGCAUGCUGGUGCGGCGCUAUGAGCAGCUCCAGGACAUGGUCAACAACCUGGCUGCCUCCCGGCCCUCCAAGAAAGCCAGGCUCCAGAGCCAGGAUGAGGAGCUGCUGGGCCACGUGCAGAACGCCAUCUUGCAGGUGCAGGGCGACUGUGAGAAGCUCAACAUCACCACCAGCAACCUCAUUGAGGACCAUCGUCGGAAGCAGAAGGACAUUGAUGUGCUGUACCAGGGCCUGGAGAAGCUCGAAAAGGAAAAGGCCAACAGGGAGCACCUAGAGAUGGAGAUUGAUGUGAAAGCUGACAAGAGCGCAUUGGCCGCCAAAGUGAGCCGUGUCCAGUUUGAUGCCACCACGGAACAGCUGAACCACAUGAUGCGGGAGCUGGUGACCAAGAUGAGCGGGCAGGAGCAGGACUGGCAGAAGAUGCUGGACAAGCUUGUGGUGGAGAUGGACACCAAGCUGGACCGCCUGGAGCUGGACCCCGUGAAACAGAUGCUGGAGGAUCGGUGGAAAUCACUGAAGCAACAGCUUAAGGAGCGUUCUCCUCUCUACACAGCUGAUGAGGCAGCCGCCAUGCGGAGGCAGCUCCUGGCACAUUUCCAUUGCCUCUCAUGCGACCGCCCCUUGGAGACAGCUGUGACUGGACAAAUCAUCCCUGUGACAGCUGUAGGUCCAAGCCUGCCAGGGCACCGUUCCUCCCGCCCUUACACGGUGUUCGAGCUGGAGCAGGUCCGGCAGCAGAGCCGCAGCCUCAAGCUGGGCAGUGCCUUCCCUCGGGGCGACCUGGCACAGAUGGAGCGGAGCGUGGGGCGCCUGCACUCCAUGCACUCCAAGAUGCUGAUGGACAUCGAAAAAGUUCAGAUCCACUUCGGAGGCUCCGUCAGGGCCAGCAGCCAGAUGAUCCGUGAGCUGCUGCAGGCCCAUUGCCUCAACUCCCCCUGCUACAAACGGGUGCCAGAUUCAGCUGACUACACCUACUCAACCGUGCCCCGGCGCUGUGGGGGCAGCCACACCCUUACCUACCCCUAUCGCCGCAACCGCCUGCAGCACCUGUCCCAGGGUCCCACCGAGGAGAUCCAGAUUGCCAUGAAGCAUGACGAGGUGGACAUCCUGGGCCUUGAUGGACAUAUUUACAAGGGACGGAUGGAUACAAAGCUGCCGGGCAUCCUGAACAAAGACACCACAGGGAACUCAAAGCACAAGCACAAGCAGUCCCGGCUACACAGGCAGCAGUCCCUCAACGACAGCACCCAGCUGCCCUCUCGGCCUCAGAGUGCUCAGAUAUUGGCUGACAACAGCUCAGGUAACUUCCUUCUGGAUGGAGUAUCCUUCCACGAGGCCUCGGCAACGCCCAGGCCUCUCCUCUUUGCCCCACCAGCCUCCUCUCCAGCCUGUGCAGUUUAUACCUUUAUUUCCCUGGAGAGAGGAAGGGCCUGGGAGCUGAAGGAUGGGAUGGGUGGAAAAAGAGAGAAACGCUAGUGACUGAGUGCUUGAAUGUACCAGUCCUGUGGGGUACACAUUGUUACUGCCCCAUUUCACAGAAGAAGGAACAGGGACAGUAGAGGCUGCGACCCACAUCUCUGGCUCCAAGCCCAUGUCCUUCCCCUACUCACGUGUGCUGACUCUCCUGGAGCUAGUGCUCCCAGGUUCUGCAAAGCGGCCGGUGAGCGUAGGACCGUGACCAGGUCUGGAGGUCUCUAGGGUCCCUGAUCUCCCCUAGGAGCUAAAUCAUGCCUAAAGAUCAGGGAGCUGGGGACCCCAGGAUUUGGCCACAUAAGGUCCUUGCCUUCUUGCUAGGAGCCACUCUGGCCUGAAGUCAGGAGGCUGGAUAGCUACCACGUGACUCUCCCUCUCCAGACCUCAGUUUCCUUAUCUGUCAUCAAAGGGCUGCUGGGUUAGUGCUUCUUAGCAUCAGGGCCCCUCCACAAGGAUCUAAUAAAAGUUGCCAGCCAUCCUCUUCCAGAACAGUUACGCACCCACACCCUUUGGAAAAGCUUGCAGGAGGUUCAGGGGUCCGCGAGAACCCCCACACCACCCCCGGCCCCAAGUUAAGAGCCUGAGCCCUACGUCCUCUCCAGCAUCACUUCUGCCCCAGCAUUCAGUGAGGGCCUAUGGCUGAGGGAGGGGAGGCCUUAUUCAUCACAGGCCCCUCACCAGCUGGGCAAUUUAGAGCUUCACACAUUGAACCAGUUUUAGUCCACUCACCAACACUAAGAGGUCAGGACCAAUGUUAGCCCCACUUAAAGCUAAGAAAGCUAAGGCACAAGGAGGUUAAGAUAAUUGCCCUAGGGAUGGCGCCUGUGGCUCAAAGGAGUAGGGCGCUGGCCCCAUGUACCAGAGGUGGUGGGUUCAAACCCAGCCCCAGCCAAAAACUGCAAAAAAAAAAAAAAAAAGAUAAUUGCCCUAGGUCAUACAGCUAGGAGGUGGCAGACCUGGAAUUCAAAGCCAAGCCCUCUGGUCCCACAGCCAGUGCUCUAAGGAGCAGUAAGGGGAACGGGCUGGGACGGAGGGCCUCAGUGGACAGUGAGCACAGGACUGUAACCCUGGCUCCCAGACCUGUUUCAUUUACUCAGCUUCAUCCCCACAGUCAUCCACCAUCUGCUCCAAGGCCACUUAAAAUGUUCUAGAAGAAGGAGAGGGGGAGAUGGUAGUUUUAGGGAAAAUUCCUGUACCUAUCUGGACAAACACUGCCUCAUCCCUGUGUUAACAGAGGAAAUGUUACAAAGAGGCAGCUCUCUGCCCCUGCAGGAGGCUUUGCUCCCGUAUUUAUUUUUCAUUCCCAAAGAUACAUAGGGCCUUAAGUGUUUGCUUAGGAGCCUGCACUGAGGACCCCAGACUAGCCUGUGUUGCUCCCAACCUCCCUGGGCUUUGGGCAGGCUGGAGGGACACUGGAGGGCUGGGAGUUGAGGCAGAGCAACCUCGGCCCCUCCUGUCUUACAGCUUCUACUCGUCCCAGGAAAGCCAGACCCAUCUCCUCUGAGGGGCAUCUUGCCCAGCUGAAUGCAGCCCCCACACCCAGCCACACGGAGACGGCAAAUCUGGAGGACAGCUCCCAGGGGCUGGAGAUGCACAUGG